GAGACCCGCGGAUACCCGGAAGGGGGGGCGGCGGCGGCGGCGGCGGAAGCAGCAGCGGCGGCAGGAUGGUCUGCGAGCAAUGCGAGAAGAAACUUGGGACUGUUAUUACUCCAGACACCUGGAAAGAUGGGGCAAGGAACACCACAGAGAGCGGUGGGCGAAAAUUAAAUGAGAACAAAGCUCUGACGUCAAAGAGGGCAAGAUUCGACCCCUACGGGAAGAACAAGUUUGCCAUUUGCAGAAUCUGUAAGAGCUCCGUGCACCAACCCGGGUCGCACUACUGCCAAGGAUGUGCUUACAAAAAAGGCAUCUGUGCGAUGUGCGGGAAAAAGGUCUUGGACACCAAGAACUACAAGCAGACGUCCGUCUAGCGUCCGGCCGGCUCCCGGGGCCCGCCGCGCUACCCUCCUCCCCUUUUUAUUUCCCGAAGCCGGGCGGGGCGGAUUUUAUCCCCACGUGCAGACGGGGUAGCGCGUCGGGAACCGGCCAGCUCGGACUAGGCCUCGGAGGCGGCCCCCGGGACCCGUUCGACUUUUCCCCCCGGUGGAUCCCAAGGCCCGCCGUGAGCAUCUUUCCCUCCCAGAGCUUCUCGGCCCGGGGAUUGGGACCCGCGCCUCCUCUUCCCAGCUCUGCGGUCGUUAUGCGAAGUCAUUAAAGUGGCCUGUGGCGUUUGACUCUUC